UGUGAGGCCUGCCACCUAGUGGACACGGGGAGGAUGGUCAAGACAGGCUGCAUAGCGGCAGGGGGUGGGGCCCAGAGCUGGAUCCCAACCCCAGGCUGGUGGGGGGUAGAAACCCCCCUACCCCACUUCAGGCUGAGAGGUAGAACUCAGACCAGAGGCUAGAGGAGAACAGAUGAGGCCUGGGACCUCAGGAAGGUACCAUGUGGCAAGUGUGAGAAAAGUUGGCGCCAGACAGGCAGGACAGAGACCAGCCCACCCAGAGAUGCCCUCACCCCAUGCUGCCAAUUGGGGAGCAUCUGGGAGGCAGUCUUAGCCCUGUGGCCUGGGAGGCUCUUAGGCCCUGGCUCUCCUCCCCUCCCCUGCCUUUCCCUGGGCUUUGACCCUUCCCAGCCCCUCCCCUCCCCUCCCCUCCUGGACACCUUUGCCCGGGGCGGUGACUGUGACGGUGCAGACCUGGCCAGGGGCUGGGGCUGGAUCCCGGUGGCCGCCAUGUUCUCCCUGCUCUCCCUCCCCUCCUGGCUCCCCAGUCUCCCCUCCCUCGAGUGGGUCUCUGGCCUCCCCGAUGUCCUCCUGCAAGGCCUCGUCGGGGCCUGCGGAGUCUCGGUCCUGAACAACCUCCUGAAGGUCUACUUCUUCGUGGUCUGUGCCAACAACCCGGAGCGGCAGCUCGAAAAGGAGCGACUGCGGGCCAGGUGGGCCUCGCUGGAGACCGUGCACCUGGCAGGGCUGGCUCUGAUCCUGACCGUCGUGGGGGUCCGGGUGGCUGCUCUUGUGGUGCUCGAGUUCUCCCUCCGGGCUGUCUCCAUACUGCUUUCCCUGGACAAGGGCUCCCGGGGCUCUGAGAAGCUGCAGCUGUACCUCGUGUGCCAGUACUCACUGGGCUGUGGACUGACCUGCGGCCUGAGCUUCCUGCAGGAGGGCGCCCCUCACCGCACGCUGAACCUGCUGCUGGGCGUCGGGCUGGCCGCGCUGCUCAGCACGGGCGCCCGGCGCCUCCGCCAGCACCACGUGUGCCAGCUCUACGAGCUGCACAGCGGCCAGCGGUACUGCGGGGUCUGCCUGGGCCUGCUGGCCAGCGCUCACGGCCUCCCCCGGCUGCUGGGCCGCGCCCUGGCCAUGACCUUUGCCGUGGGCAACCUGGCGGCCGUGGCCCUCAUCAACCGGGACUUCCUGACCACCUCAGAGGCCGUGCGCUUCUGGACGCCGCUCACCAUCUGCUACACACUGCUGGUCAUCUACAUGCAGGAGGAGCAGCGGCAGCACCCCGGCCUGCAGAGCCAGGUCCAUACGGUGCUGGUGCGCAUGGGCGGCCUCUUCGUGCUGCUGCUGACGGUGGGCCGCUGGCUGGACCUCCUGGGCAUCCUUGUCUCCCUGCUGGGCGAGCUCUGGUGCCUGGUGGGCAUCCGCACCCUGCUAGAUCUCUGCCAGAUGCAGGAUUUUCCACCCCAGAGGCCUUUGGUUUCAGCUCCAAGCCCACCCCGGCCCUCUGCACCUGCCCAGCCCCCAGGGAUGACCUCCUCCUGACUGGCCUCAGCAAAGACUUGGAGUUUCUCAGGCCCAAUGACCUGGAGACCUUGACCCCAGGAUGCUGCCUGCAGGCAGAAUGGCAGGGCUGGCCCCCACCUGGAGCACUGGGGGCCCCCAGGAGGGGAGGAUGUGGGGCUGGGACCCUCAGAGGGUGGGGGCACCUGAAGGCCACUGGGUUAACUCUCCUUUUCUCAGGGCAGGCGAUGGAUACAGCGCCCUCAGACCUGCCUUCCCAGAGGACUUGGGGGACAGAGGAAAACUGUAUCCUCAGAAGUUUUCCCCUUUACCGGCCUCCCUUGCCCUCUGCACAAACAAUAAAAAUGGUUUUCUCAGAUUUCUUUUAGAAUCAUGAA